GGAUUCGGGAGAAGCAGAAUAAACGCGCCUUUCACGCCCGGCAUCCCCGGCAGUCCCGCGGCUCCCGCGCUCGCAGCCUUGGUCGCUUCUUGCCCUGCUUGCAGGAGGCAAGACAUGCUGAAAUAAAGAGAAACUUGUUCUGUGGCAGGAAAGGUCAUUUCUUCUGGCCAGGCAUUUGGGAAGGAGACAGGAAGCAUAUUAUUUUAAAGGGGAAGGAGGUGAGAGAAGCUGAAUUCACCGAGGGAAGCUGAAGUCCGAAUUAGGAAAAGGCAGCGUGGGUCGCCGCCAUGCCGCUGCCGUGCCCCCGCGGGGCCCUGCCUGGGGCUGCCUUCCUCCUCCUCCUCAUCUUCCUCCCGCUGCUCUGCACAGCCCCCGAUGUUUCACGGAGAAAUAAGCUUAAACUGAUGCUUCAGAAACGCGAAGCCCCUGUUGCCACGAAGCCCGAGGUUUCAGUGAAAGAAGCGGUGGCCAAGGAGUUCCUAAGCAGCCUGAGACGGCAGAGGCGUCAGCUCUGGGACAGAAGCCAGCCCGACGUACAGCAGUGGUACCAGCAGUUCCUCUACCUGGGAUUCGACGAGGCGAAAUUUGAAGAUGACAUCUCCUACUGGACAAGCUUAGGGCGUGCUCGUAAUGAAUACUAUGGUGGAUACUACCAACACCACUACGAUGAAGAUUCCCCAAUUGGCCCACGAAAUCCACACACCUUCAGGCACGGAGCAGGUGUCAACUAUGAUGAUUACUAAUGCCAUUUAUCUUACUAUAGCUGGUGCCUAUAGGGCUGCGUUGGGUGAGGCUGAGUCCUCCCUCAGUCAGAAUGACCCUGCUUUCCUUCUAUUCAUGUAAAAUAGCAAGAGUAAAGGAACUGCCAGACUUCGAAGCAAGCAACGUGAGGGGUUUUUUAAUUAUCAUUACUUAGUAGUACACUAUAUAUAAAGUGCUAUAGAAAUAAAGCUUUUUUGAUAAAAUAAA